ACCGCCGCUGCUCCAGUGCCCGGACAGACGCUAGAGAAUCCACCAUGGCCCCCUUGGCAGCCCUGGCCUCCAGCAUGCUGCUGCUGCUGUGGCUGGUAGCCCCCAGCAGAGCCUGCACCUGUGUCCCACCUCACCCGCAGACGGCCUUCUGCAACUCCGACCUUGUCAUCAGGGCCAAGUUUGUGGGGGCUCCAGAAGUCAAUCAUACUACCUUGUACCAGCGUUAUGAAAUCAAGACAACCAAGAUGUUCAAAGGAUUUGACGCCUUGGGGCAUGCCACGGAUAUCCGGUUUGUCUACACCCCCGCCAUGGAAAGUGUCUGCGGGUACUCCCACAAAUCCCAGAACCGCAGCGAGGAGUUUCUCAUCGCUGGACAACUGCGGAACGGGCUCUUGCACAUCACGACUUGCAGUUUCGUGGUUCCCUGGAACAGUCUGAGCUUCUCUCAACGUUCCGGCUUCACCAAGACCUACGCUGCCGGCUGUGACAUGUGCACAGUGUUUGCCUGUGCAUCCAUCCCCUGCCAUCUGGAGAGUGACACUCAUUGCUUGUGGACAGACCAGCUCCUCCUAGGCUCUGACAAGGGCUUCCAGAGCCGCCAUCUCGCCUGCCUGCCACAGGAGCCUGGGCUGUGCGCCUGGCAGUCCCUGCGGCCCCGGAAAGACUGAAGGCUGCUCCUGUUGGAAGCCGAAGCCUACACCAUGUUUGCCUCCCUCCUACCCCCAUCUUUCUUUGUCCCACACAAUGAAAUAAAGAACUACCACCCUGC